AUGGUUGGCCCUGCGAUCAUUUGCACUUGCGUUGCUGCUCUCGCGCGGGCAGUUUAUGGGGAUUUCGUGUCCACCGAAUACGAAUCAUACAAUAACGGAGAUUUAGGUCAUCGCCCUCAUCUGGAAUUUCACUCGAGCAGUGAAUUUUCACCUCUCCUGCAAGUAAAUAUAUGGAAUCGAUCAGCCAUUUCAGACACCGGCUCCCAUAUAUUCCUGCGACAUGAUGGUAACUCGACCUCGCCGCUAGCAUCGCCACUGAUUCUCGACGCCAACGAUUUAAGUGCAGUCUUCAUGAAUCGAUCUUUCGAGAAUGUGUUCGGCACCCGCGUUCAAGAGAAUUUCGGGAAGAAGUAUUUGACGUUCUGGGAGGGUUAUAAGGACAACGGAAUUGGAGAUGGUUAUGGACUUGUCUACGACGACACCUAUCGAUUGAUUUAUAAAGUCUGGGCGCAGAAUUUAAAAGUCCACAGUGACCUUCAUGAAUUCGCAUUCACCGGCAACGGAACGGCUUUGGUCACUGGUGUUAAUGAGAUGAUUGCACGUGGGUCUGAUUUCAAUCAAACAUGGGGUUUGCCCGACAGAUUUGAAAUUCUGGACGCCGCUUUCCAGGAGAUUGAGUUGGGGACAAAUGAUGUACUUUUCCACUGGCGAGCCAUCGAUCAUCUCAAUCCUUUGGAUUCACACGAGCCAAGCGGCCCUGGUUGGGAUGCCUUUCAUCUGAAUAGCAUCGAGAAGACUAAAGCAGGUAACUAUCUUAUCUCGAUUCGUCACAUCCACUCCAUUCUCCUCCUCGAUGGGAAUACGGGCGAUAUUCUUUGGACAUUAGGCGGCAAUAAGAACGAUUUUAUCGAACUGCCUCCUCCUGAAGGAGUCAAUCCCAUUCAGCCUGUGCUGACAAUGGGCUGGCAACAUCACGCUCGCUUCGUCCCAGGAACCAACGAGACGCAGAUCACCUUCUUCGAUAACCACGUCAAGGUCACUUCACAUGGUGAAUGCACUUUGGAUUGCUCGCGUGGUCUCCACAUCGCCAUCGAUGAUACCGUCUCGCCGCCAACGGUCCAGCUCCUGCGCGAGUUCCGUCAUCCGGCAGACCUUCAGGCCCAGAGCCAAGGAAGCAUACAACCUCUUUCGCCGGUUUCGGGGAACAUAGGCAACGUAUUCAUCGGCUGGGGCAGGUGUCCUUCAUUCACGGAGCACUUAUCGACGGGCGAGAUCGUCAUGAACGUACAGUUUUCACCAUGGCACAGCGCCGAAGUUCCUGACGCCCUCGACAAUUAUCGUGCAUAUAAGAUGGACUGGUCCGCCACGCCAUGGUGGGACCCCGCAAUUGUGCCAAAGCUGAGUCUCGAGGACGAGUUGGUCGUCUAUGUCAGCUGGAAUGGUGCGACCGAGGUGGCGGGCUGGGUCGUCCGGGGAGCGGAAACCGAUUCGUUGGACAAACACCAGGUGCUGGCGACAUCCCGGCGGACUGGAUUUGAAACGAAACUGACGAUUGCGUGGCCAAGUCAUCAGUAUAUUUGGGCGGACGCCAUGGAUCGUCAUGGGAACGUGCUUCGAUCAACGGAAGUCGUCAAGGACGUGGCGUGGGACUACCUGGAUCCUACGGCGUCUCACCGUUUGUCGAGGACGGCAUGGGCUUUACUAUGUACUGGAUUGGGUGUCCUUUUCCUGGCCGGCGUAACAGCCGGUGUCAUUGUGUGGCACCGAGGCAAUGACUACGAUAGAUUGGGCGCCGACAUAUUUGUUCUGGGUGACGAUUUCGAUCUUAGGAUUGUGGUCAGUGAGGGCAGCGAUGGCGAAGAUGUCGACGGUGAAGAUGUCGCGAUGAGCGUGUCAAUGUCGACCAGCAAUUAA